AUGCGCAGCCUGUUGCGCGUCGCGGCGAGCUUCGAGUCUCUCUGCGCGUGUGGAGUCGCGAGGAUAUCCGACAGAGCGGUGGCACGGCGGCCCGAGGCCAAGCGCUGGACGUUUUCCUUCGAGGCCUCGAGGACGUCAAAGUCGACGAUUCUGGGUGCGUCGCUGAAUACGUCCGCGGUGUCAGUGGCCAUUGUUGUGGGGCGAAUAUUUGCCAGAGUGAUCGAUCCCAAGCUGUGGAAGCUUGGCGUCAGAUCUUAAACUCGUCCCUCGGUGCCGAUGUACAUAUCUUUCAGCGGAACUAUCGUCGACGUUGGUGAGAGACCAUGGCUAAUGUUCCUCUAAAAAUAUGCCCGACUUUCCGCCGAUCACACCGGGCGGCCGCGGGCGCCUAUUCCUGCACCCUGUUGACCAGAUGCUUGCUGAAUCCGAACUCGAAGCGAAGCCGCCGGGGGUGACCCUGGCAGAAGACCUUAUCAGCAGACCAGCCGUAUAAAAUACGCCUCCACCGCUCCAAUCCUCUCCCCAGCGUCCCGCGAAAUGCUCGCCCUGUCCCUGCUCGCCCUGGUCUCGCUCGCCGCCUCGCUGCCUGCACCGCAAUCCAAUGCCGGAGCCGGUGCUAAAGCCGAUCCCAACACGGAGAUGUGGCACGCGGGCUCGAAGAUCAUCCCGCAGCCCAUCCGAGGCGCGCUCGGCGGCACGAUUCUCGGCCCGCAGAACGUCCCCGUCGAGCUGCAGAAUGCGGACUCGCUGGCGUCGCCGACGACCGAUUCCGGGCAGCUGCCUAAUAUGAAGUGGCCCUUUGCGAUGAGCCGUACGCGGCUGAACGACGGGGGAUGGGCGAGGCAGCAGAACGUGGACUCGUUGCCGAUCGCGACUGCCUUAGCAGGUGUCAACAUGCGAUUGGAACCUGGAGCUAUCCGAGAGUUGCACUGGCAUGACGUUGCCGAGUGGGCCUAUGUCCUUAAAGGACACAUCCGGAUCAGUACACUGACUCCCGAGGGAGAGAUAUAUGUAGGCGACGUGUCAGAGGGCGACAUCUGGUAUUUCCCGGCCGGCAACCCGCACUCGCUCCAGGCAAAGAACACCACCGCAGACGGCGCCGAAUUUCUGCUCGUCUUCGACUCGGGUCGCUUCACCGAGGACAACACGUUCCUACUGACCGACUGGCUCGCGCACGUGCCCAAAGGCGUGCUGGCGCAGAACUUCGGACAGCCGGUCAGCGCGUUCGACCGCAUCCCGGAGAAGCAGUUGUAUAUCUUCCAGUCUUCGCCGCCUCCUGAAGACAUCGACGAGGACAGGGUCAUCCCCAACAACACGCCGAACCCCUACACCUACGCCCUCUCGAAAGUCCAAGGCGAAAAGAAGCCCGGCGGAUCAGUCAAAGUCGUCGACUCGCGAAACUUCAAGGUUGCGACACAGAUCAGUGCGGCGGAGGUGACUGUGGAUGUCGGGGGCAUGAGGGAACUUCACUGGCACCCGACGCAGCCUGAAUGGUCGUUCAUAAUAAGCGGACAAGCUCGGAUGACCGUCUUUGCGGGAUCAUCGCAGGCCCGGACGUUUGAUCUCGAAGCGGGAGAUGUGGGCUAUGUCCCACCCUCCUUCGGUCACUACUUGGUCAACACAGGGAAUACUCCGCUCAAGUUCCUCGAGAUAUUCAAGACCGACAUAUUCCAGGACAUCUCCUUGACCCAGUGGCUAGCGCUCACCCCCGCCCAACUCGUCAAGGCGCACGUAGGAUUCUCUGACGAGAUGAUCGCCAGUCUCAGCCGCGAGAAGCUGGAAGUGGUGUAGCGACGCAGAGCGCUUGCAUUGAGAAUCAUGAGACAUUCCUAAAACUACAUUGCAUUACUUGAUGUAGGACAUUAGAGGACGUAGCGGAAAUUGGGAG